AUCAGAUAGAUCACUACAAAAAUCAUGUCUCAGUAUUCAGGAAAAAUUGUUUUCUAUGAUGGCAAAUGCUUUACAGGCAAAAAGCUGGAGAUCUGUGGGCCCUGCCAUAAUUUCCAGGAAUGGGGCUUCACAAACCAAGUCAAUUCCAUCUGCGUACAAACUGGAGCUUGGGUCUGCUUUAGUUAUGCGGAUUAUCGAGGCCAGCAAUAUAUCCUGGAGCAUGGCGUAUAUCCCAGCUUUUACCACUGGAAUGCACACAAUGACCGGAUCGGAUCCUGUAAGCCAAUUGGAAUGCAUGGAGAGCAUUAUCGAAUAGAAGUAUAUGAAGGGAGACAUUUUAGUGGCUGCAGUGAGGAGUUCACCGAAGACUGCUCUUACUUGAGUAGGCAAGGCUGGCCCAAGAACUGGAUCAAUGCCAUCAAAGUCUAUGGGGACGGAGCGUGGGUGUUGUAUGAGGAACCUAACUAUCGGGGCCAGAUGUAUAUGGUUGAGAUGGGUGACUACAGUAGCUGUCAUGAGUGGCAAGCUCCCAACGCAAACAUCCAGUCUAUCAGAAGAGUCAUCAACUAUUUUUAAUCAAGAUGAAAACUUUAAUCAUGAACCUUCAA